GAGGGGGAGAAACAGUCUAGAGACUUUCCAGGCUGUUUCUCUUUUCCCCGCUGUCGGGAUGUAUGUUGGUCAUGGAAGGACGUUCAUGGAACGGAAACUACGGCUGCUGAUGAUGCUGGAGAAUAGUUUUACCUGCUGAGCUUCAAAUGAAAUAAGUUACAGGAUGUACUUCAAGAAUACCGAGGACAAGAUGGAGCUGCAGGAGAGAGAGGAUGAUGACCAGAGCAAUGAGGCUUUUCUUCCUUCUUUGUUUGUCCACACUACAUUUGACUUCUUACUGGUGGCCAUCAAGCAGGAGCCUCACACACAGAAGUUCCACAAGCAAGAAGAGUUUCUGGAAGAGCUAAAAAAGAAAAACAUUGCAGUCACAAGCAUUGACCAUGAAGACAAAAUAUUUCUGGGCCUGCGUGCUCCUGACAAGAUAUUUGAGGACUAUCAGUACCUGAUCAAAGUCUCUGACGCCUGCAGCUGGUGUAAAGAUGAGAAUUCAAUUACCCAGGCUAACAGAAUCCGAAUUAUACAUUUCAUUCUCAAUAACACAUCCAUCAGCACAAAAGAGAACCUGGAGAAGCUGAUAAUGGAGGGUGUGUUUGAAACUACGUUCUGUCUUCAUGAGAAAAAGGAGCAGAAGAAUCUGCGAGCGAAGUGGGCUCGAUGGUCGGCUCUCUUUACACCACAACCAUUCGAUGAAAUCAAAUGUUACUUUGGGGAGAAGGUGGCGCUGUACUACCUGUGGUUGAACUGGUACACCAUACUGCUGAUUCCAGCUGCUGCUCUGGGUGUAGUCAUCUUCCUUUAUGGUCUGGCCUUUUUCAACACCAGCCCUCUAAUUAAGGAGGUGUGUGACUCUAAUGUCACCAUGUGUCCUAGCUGUGACAGGGUGUGUGAGCCACGGCAGCUCUCAGAAACGUGCACUUAUGCUAAGGUCAGCCAUUUGUUUGACAAUGAGGGAACUGUUGCAUUUGCUAUGUUCAUGGCAAUCUGGGCCACAGCUUUCCUGGAGUUUUGGCAGAGACACAGAGCCAGAUAUGCCUCAAAAUGGAAGGUCUAUGACUGGUGUGAAGAAGAGGAAGAACUGAUCAUGGAAAUAGUCAAUGACAUAAACUGUGAGGUCAAAGAGUUCAAACACUCAUACUUUCAAAGCACUCUGGUUCUCAUCUUAUUUACAGCCAUGCUGAUGGUGAUCAUUGGUAUUACCCACGCUCUUGUGGUGUUUCGAGUGAUGACUGCCUCCUGGUUUUCGAGAAGCGAGUCAGAUUUUCUAGAAGAAAAAGCCAGCAUGUUAGCUAUGCUGCUGGGAGCAGUGCUGCAUUAUUUCACCAUUCAGAUCAUGAACCGGGUGAACAGAUGGGUGUCCCUAAAACUAUGCGAUCUAGAGAAGCUGAACUCACUCGCUGCCAAAGAGAGAAGCUUCACAGUUAAAAUGUUUACCUUUCAGUUCUUCACCCUCUUCUCCUCUCUCUUCUAUGUGGCUUUUUUCCUGGGCAGGAUAAACGGCCAUCCUACAAACUAUGUACGUCUAGCUGGGUUUAGACUGGAAGAGUGCCAUCCGAGUGGUUGUUUAACAGACCUCUUUAUCCAAAUGGCAGUGAUCAUGCUGCUCAAACAGACUCUCAACAAUGUCUUGGAGCUCCUUGUGCCCUGGGCCAUGAGCUUUCUGAGGAAAAAAACUGCAAGGCGGCUGAAGAGACAGUGUGGCAAAUGCUACAGGAAGUUUUGUCGUAAUAAACAGGGUCUUGUUGACGCAUGUGAUAUUUGCAAAAAACGAGACUGGCUGAGAAACUAUCACCUGGGUAACACGGACGCCUUCAGCCUGUUUAAUGAGUUCCUGGAAAUGGUGAUCCAGUUCAGCUUCACCACCACAUUUGUGGCUGCAUUCCCUCUGGCGCCCCUUCUGGCCCUUCUGAAUAACAUCAUUGAGAUUCGCCUGGAUGCCAUCAAAAUGGUCCGCUAUGAGCGGCGCCUUAUUCCCAGGAAGACCAGUGACAUUGGAAUAUGGACAAAAGUGUUGGAAGUUGUUGGUGUAUUUGCUGUGAUCGUUAAUGCCUUGGUCAUUGGCAUCUCAUCUGACUUUAUUCCUCGUCUGGUUUACCAUUACCAUUACGGCCCAUGUGCCAAAGGCAUCGACUCGACACACUGUAUGCAAGGCUACAUUAAUGACACUCUGUCUGUAGCCUUCAUGAAGACCAACAUCAAAGAUGAAUAUAUGCUGAAAACAAACGAUUAUGCUAACGUCACUCAGUGCAGUUACAGAGACUACAGGAAUCAAGACUACUCUCUGACCUCUCAGUUUUGGCUUGUCCUGGCUAUACGCUUUGCGUUCAUCAUUCUCUUUGAGCACGUAGUGGUGGUCUGCAAGUUUAUCGCAGCCUGGUUUGUCCCAGAAAAACCUGCCAAGGUUAAGAAUAGUCGCUUGAAUGAUAAAAUGGAUCGAUUCAAGAGUGAAUUACGAGACAGAAAACUUGAACGUCCCAAAUCAACUGAAGUGUGACCUUACCUGACCUCUGAUCUGCUUCCAUUGAAAGGUGCUGAAAUGGAAAAAAAAUGAAUUUAUGCUCUUUAAUAAUCUGUGCCUGCUGUUGUAACUCAAAAUAAUGUGAGAUAUUUGUUUAAGAAUAUUGUUGCAACAGGUUUGGUUUUAUUUUGAAAUGUAACUAAAUGUGUUAUUGAAUGUCAGUCAUUUACUGCUGAGUGAUGCACUGUGAAACAUUUAGCUUCUUCAUUCCUAAACUAGUUUCAUUGUUGCACUUAUUGUAGGAAAAAGCAGAUAACAGCUUACUGUUGUUAAGACAGACGUGCAGUGAACCAAACUGCUGCAUAUUUUCAUUUCAAGGUUUCUGUCUAAACAAGCAAGUAAAUAAAACAGUCAAGAAGAUAAA